UAGUUCACUUCAGUCGGGUGACUCUCUGACAAAUAAUCAUCGAGCUGCUGCUGCUGACGAGUCGAGGAGAGGGAAAAACAGUUUUAAACUUUUAAACACUGUUUUCCUUAAAACGUCCUCUGGGCUGUGCUUGCGACUGAGUGACUCAUCUGUAACAGCUCUGCCUCAUAUAAACCCCACACUCCUACAGAUUCAACUGGAAAUCAUGGCCCAGAAUAACUGAGGGAAUAAGGGGUCUUGUAUAUAAACUUAAAGCAAAGACAUCAACAAGGAUUCUGUCAGUGAUCAGGACAGAGGUUCUUGGACGAGCCACGGCUUAUAUCGCUGGGUGCUGAGGAUUAGAUUCUCUCUCUAUCUUGUCUCUAAACGGCCUGCAGGGUGGCGAGAGAGAGGGGGGAAUCCAACCGGUGCACGCCGGAGAUGAGUGCGUUCUGGCAUAAGAUCGGCUGCUGCGUGGUAGCCAAACCUCCUCCGAAGAAGAAACGAAGGAGAAUUGACCGUAGCAUGAUCGGAGAGCCCACAAACUUCAUUCAUCUGACACACAUAGGCUCUGGUGAAAUGGCAGAUGGCAUGCAGCCGUCUGGCCCAAUACAGGAACAAAUGAGAUCCAAAGUGCCUCAUGCUAAUGGACGAAACAGCUUGUUAUAGCCUCUUUACCUGCUUUUUUGUUUUUUACCUGAAGCCCCAUUAAGUGUCCUCAGCAGAACCUGUGCAGCUAGCAGCACUGCACCAGUGAGGAGGAGAUAAAGAGCAUAUCCUGGUCACAAAAACUACAACCUCCUUGCUGCAGCUACCAAUAUGCAGGUUUUUAUGUUUUGGAUCCUCUGGAAUGUCUCAGAUGAGAUGUUUACCCCCCCCCCCAUACACACACACACACUCUAAGACUGUUAUUAAAUUUGGACCGGAUUGUAUGAGAACACCUGACAAAGAGUGUGAAUGUGUGCCGUGUGCAUUUGAGACACUGGCUGUGCUUGCUGUGGAAGAGGAAAGGCUCUUAUCGCUUUAACACAGGGGACUAUUUGAUUGCCUUCCCAAAGUUAUAACUGGCAUGUUUGUCAAAGUCUGUCAUUGAUAAGGAUGUGUGCAAGUGUGUGUUUGCUUUUGUUUUGUAAUGGAAAUGUAUGUGCACCAGUACCAUUAUAGUGUCUCCAACUGCUUGCAUUAGCAGUUGCACAAAUUAGUGCAUUAUACAAAGAAAUCUGGUAUGUUUAUUGGAGAUUAAUAUAGUAUGAAAAUAUGUCUGAUAUUGCAUUAACAAAUAAUGGCCUUUAUAACUAUAAAGAAAUAGUUUAAAACUCAUUUAUUCACCUUCAAGUCAUUCCAAACCCAUAUAAGUUUCUUUUUUCUGUGGAAAAAAUGAUACAAUUUAAUACAGUGAUUUUCAGUACAACAUCAAUGCGGAGUGACAUAAUGUUUAAGUUGUAAAAAAAAAAAAAAAAAAAAGUAAAAAAUAUCCAAAUGUGGCCCAUAUUCCAAGUUUUCUGAAGUUUUCCAUUUUAUUCAGACCAAAUGUGUGGUUCAUUGAUUAUCGUCCCCUCAAGUGAACUGUUAAUAUGAGAAUUAUAUGCUACAGGAACAUUUGAGUCGAUAAUUUGGGAAGUGAUCAUAGGACUUGGAAUAUAAAAUGACUUUUGUGGACCAUAUUUUGUGCUUAUUUUAAUUUUUUGGGGUGGGGGAGCAACUAACAGGCACUGAAUUGUUGUUGUAUUGAAGAAAACUGCAUUAAAAUUCUCCACUGUAAAAAAAUAACUCGAUUUAAGUAUGGAAUGAUGUAAGGAUGACUAAAUAAUUUUUUUGAAUUAUGUGAAUUAUUUCUUUAAUCCCUAAGUAUUAGAAAAAAGCUAUUAUCUGUUUAUGUGAGUUGAGACUUUGAACAGCGGCUUCCUGCCAGUAGCGAGCCACUGCCCUUUGUCAUUUAAACCACAUUUAGUCUCACUUUCACACAUCAAGCUCCACCCCACACAAGCUCAAACACACACUCUCUGUUUCCAGUCCUCACACGGCACCACAAUUAAAUCACUGAUUCACACACACACACUUUGUAUACUUUCUCUGUACUUGUUUUUGAAUGCGGCUCAGUGUAGCACAAUGUUGGGCUGAAAUGUUAAACACAAUGUUUUUGCUUGUAAUUGUGAUGUUUUAUUUUGAAUGCAUUGCUUUGCAAGAUCCCAGACUGUAAUUUACUUUAAGUAUUUGCUGUAAUUUGUUAGGGGAUGUCAUAGGAAAAAAUGUGCGUAGCGAAAGCUUUCAGAAUGUGCAUGUUGCUUUAGAAAUCUAGUGUUUUAGUCUAUUUUUAGUGGAAAUGCAUUUCAUUCUUAGCUGACAGUAUAGAGAAACAUGCAGAUUUCUGCAUCUCAGCCAAAGACCUCGACAGCUCCCUUAACUUAAUUAUACAUGUUGCUUGCAGAUUCUCUAACUUUUUGGUUUUGUUUGUGUGACCGUUUUUUUUUUUUUGUUUUUUUUUUUUUUUUGUUGUUGUUUUUUUUUAAGUAUCUGUCUUUUUAAAGCCAUAAUGUUUGUGCAAAGCACUCAUUAGGCUCUUUUUGUCUUUAAUACUUUUAUUAUUCUUUGCUUUUUUUUAUAAACAUCUUUUAGUCUAUUAGUCCAACAGAUUGAUUUUGUGAUCAAAUGGGAGCAGUAAUAUUGUUCUGUUCAUGUGGCAUGGUGUUAUGUUGAUGAAUGUUUUUGUUGUGCUUUGGUUUGUAACAAUACAGUUGUACAAAGAGCA